GGAGAAGCACAUGUUGAUAGUGAGCUAGAGGACAAACCAAUGGUGGUGGUUGACCGCAAGGGGAAGGCAAAAGCAACUGGUGACAUAGCUCCUAGGGCCACUCGUCAGAAAACCAUGCACGAGAUGCUCGCUCCUUCAUCUCCAUGCACCCUCACUGGGCCUGAUAUACCAAGUGGAUUAGUUGACACGUCUAUGUACUAUGGGAUGACUGAAGAUCAUGUGAUGCAACCGCUUAUUGAAGAAGUUGGUGCUGCCGGCGAGGGUUCGCAUGCCAGAUACAUUGCUAAGUACACUCCGAACCGCAACAAAAGGCUUACUCUCCCUGGGGUUGAGGAAAGCCCUGAUCCGACUCCUAAUCCACUUGCUGUAGUUCAUCCAGAUGCAUACCUGAGUCUAGAACUAGACUAUGGUUACUCCCCUUUCGAGCUUGAGCUAAAGCAGUUUCAGUACCCUGAUCAUGUUUGCCUUGGGUUCUACGACAAUGUGGAGUAUCUCUGUUGCAUUACUUCUCUUGGAUGUGUUUGGUAUGACAGCUCACACCCCACACAUUUGAAACUUGAUGGCAACAAGAUAAAGUACCAGUUCAGUCUCAAAGGGGAGAUGCACUACAAUGGGAUGGAUGCUUGGGUACGUGGAUUCAAUGCGAGAGAGAUUAAGAUGAUGGAGAUGGUUGGAUUAACAGUUUGGAGGGGUUUUGUAUCUCCUGAUGUGCCGUUGCACUUUGAGAACAUCUUGGACCCGGAGGGGGCUGUUGUACUGCGGAUGUUGCUUUCUUCUGGGAGCAUUGGAUAUCAGUUGAGACUUUGUUGCAUGAUAAUGAUGCCUAUCUCAAUGAUGAGAGACUGGUGCUUGUACGUGUUUGACAUGCAUAUGAAGAAACUGAAUGUCCUCGACCCAGUUUUCACGCAGAUGGGUUCAGAUGCGUAUAGAGCUAAGCACGGGAAGACAAUCAUGUUGAUGCUUAAUGGUAUGAAGUGCGCAGGUGCGCUGUUAGACGAUGGAUGGCAGAUGGACAUAUCACAGUGGACCGUGAGGUACAACAUGAACAUGCAUGUUGCAUGUAGAAGUGGUUAGUCUCCUGGCUACAUAGCUUACUACGCAGAGAACUUCAAUGCCACUCGCCUGGAGGUCGACGUACCGCAUGCAAGAGAGCUAUUAUUUAAGCUAACGACGGUUUCCCGGUGAAGUUCCUAUUUAUUCUACAAGCAUUGACAUGAUGUUUUGAUCUUUGCACCAGGUUGGUCUGCCGGUUAGAAGGAAGAGGAUGUUGUACGAGACGAUGGCGACAAAGGGAAAUGCUGCACCAUGCCCAGGAAUCAUGGAGCAGGUGGCUGAUCCAGAGUAGAAUACAACGCCUUGGAGGUGCACACGUAGUUCUCUAGGUUGUUGACGUAGUUCGUGGAGCGUACUUUGGCAUUAUUUCGUGGGGACGUGGGCAAUGCUCGUGCAUGUCUUUUGGUUAGGGCGUAACAGUAAUGGACCAUGGUUAGUUCGAAGAAAGACAAUUGGUGAAACUGGUGUAUGCUAUUAAUGCAGUGCCAUCCAUCGUGUGUUCGA